AUGCCACGCCACUCUCGUCGCCGCAGUCCGAGUCCUGAGAGCGACGCUGAGCCGCGCAAGGUGCUGCCAGCGCGCAGCUCUCGCGGAGCUCGCAUCCACAAACUCAUCGGGGAGGAGGCUGAAGCAGACGCAUCGUUCUGGGGGCAAGCAGCGUGGCAAGAAGAAGGCGAAGACGACGACUACUCCACCGAAGCAGAGGAGGAGGAUGUUGUGGAUUCGGAUUUUGACGCCGACGAAGCGCCAGAUGAAGAGAUACACGACGCUGAGGAGGACGAGAAGCCCACGAAGCGCAAGCGCUCGGCGACCAGUUCAGGUCGAUACAAAGAGCCUCUUCAGCCUCGUCAAGCGAAGCGGUAUGUAGCGCCAACCGUUCGGUCGUCGACGGCCAGGAAAUCGUCCGAAUCUUCGGAAAUGAGACGCCGAGCGUCACAUGAAGCGGCCAAGUUAGCGGCAAAGAGCAAGAAACCAAUAGUGGAGAAAACGGGCAAUCGAUUGACACAGGCGCAGCUGAUCGCUGAAGCUGUGAGGACCGAAGUGGAGAACACGCAGUCGCUGCAGCGCUUGGAGCAGCUGGAAGAGGAGAAGAAGGCCGAGAGUGUCGCGCCUAAGGCUCCGUUUACUGGCAGUAUGGUGCGGUAUUACAGCAAACUGGGAGCGCCCAAGACCAUCACUUUCAUCAACACUCUGAACUUCCCGUCGAUUUUUAACCAAUCAAAACCGAAGAAAAGAAUCAGCUCACAAGAGCAAAAAAUCAAUAGGUUAAAGCGGGAACAAGAAGAAGAAGAAGAAGAAGAAGAAAAUGAAAGUGUGCAGGAUGAAGACGUCGAAGAGAAGGAUAGUCAGCAGCACGGUGUGUUACAGAAUACCACGCCCACAGCCGCCCAAGCCGCGGCCUGA